AUGGACCCCUGGGCAAUAGACAUCUAUUUAUGUAGUGAUGUACAGAUUGUCUCGUUGGUGGUGACAGAACAGAACCUGGCGAAGACCAGUGCACGAAGAGUUGCCACACAUUCGGGGGGAGAAGGGGGGAUCGCUGGUUUGGCCGGAGCGCCCGGAGUGCCGGGGCUUGUGGGCCGGCGGGCGCGGCGGGCGGCACGGGUUGGACGGCUGCAACGGCACGACGGCUGCGACGUGAGGAGGGCGUGCGCGGGCGGCGGGCCCGCGGGCACCUUGGGCGCGCAGGGCGACCAGGGCCCGCGGGACGAGCCCGGCGAGGGGCGCCAAACACGGCGCGGCAACAAGGGCGAGCGUGGCGAGGCGGGGCUGGCGGGCGGGGCGCGGGCUGCCUGGCCUGGAGGGGCCGCGCGGCUUCGCUGGCGGCCGCGGCGACGCCGGCGACGCGGCGACACGCAGCACGGCAACAAGGGCGAGAAGGGCGAGCCGGGCGAGACGGGCCAGAAGGGCUACGCGUCCAAGUGGGUGCUGGAGCCCAACGUCACCAUCGAGUUCAAGGGCCCGCGCGGCGAGCCCGGCUACGCGGGCGACCAGGGCGACGUGGGCCCCAAGGGCGAGCGCGGACCCCGCGGGCCCUCGGGCGUGCCCGGGCAAGCGGGCAUCAAGGGCACGAAGGGCGAGCGCGGGGACGACGGGCAGCGCGGCAAGCAGGGCCGCCUGGGGCCCGAGGGCCCGGCGGGCAACAAGGGCCAGAAGGGCGCGCCGGGCUUCGAGGGCACGCCGGGCGACGACGGCUCUGUGGGCGGGCGCGGCGAGCCAGGCCUCCCGGGCAACCCGGGCCUGCAGGGCGUGGAGGGGGCGCCCGGCCUGUACGACCCGAACCUGGGCGAGAUCGUGGAGGGAGCUCAGGGGCCGCAGGGCCCCCUGGGGCCCCAGGGCCCCCCCGGCGAGUCGGGCCUGCCCGGGCUGCAGGGCGUGUCGGGCUACAUCGGCCCCCCCGGGCCGCCGGGCGAGCCAGGGUACCCGGGCCCCCGUGGCCCCACCGGCCUCAGCAUCAAGGGCGAGCGCGGAGACGACGGGCUGGGCGGAUCGCCCGGGCGGCGAGGCGCGCAGGGCCUGCCGGGGCUGCAGGGCGGCGUGGGCGAGAAGGGCGUGCCCGGCCUCACCAUCUACGGGCCGCCCGGCGCUGACGGCUUCCCUGGCCGGCCUGGCAUCCCCGGGCAGGCAGGCGACCGCGGCGAGCCGGGCCUGCAGGGGCUGAAGGGGCUGCCUGGGCAGGCUGUGAGCCUCAUGGGCCCGCCGGGCGGCCGCGGGCGUCCUGGCUACCCCGGCGAGGAGGGCCUUCCAGGCCUGCCAGGCCAGCCCGGCUUCCCGGGGCCCAAGGGCUUCCGAGGCGACGAUUGCGGCUACUGCCCCCCAGGGCUGCCCGGCGCCAAGGGCGAGCGCGGCGACGCGGCGCGCAACGGCGCCCCCGGCCAGCCGGGCUUCCCGGGGCUGCCCGGCCCGCGCGGGCCCAAGGGCCUGCAGGGGCGGCGCGGCGUCAAGGGCUUCGAGGGCAACCCGGGGCCGCAGGGCCCGCCGGGCGAGCAGGGCUUCCCGGGCGAGGCGGGCCGCGACGGCGUGGUGCGCGUGCCCGACGGCGCCACCGUGCCCGACAAGGGCGAGCUGGGCCUCAAGGGCUUCCCGGGGCUGCAGGGCCUGCCCGGGCGGCGCGGGCCGGCGGGGCCCGACGGCGCCACGGGCCUGCAGGGCUUCAAGGGCGCCAAGGGCGACCAGGGCCUGCCGGGCCGGCCGGGGCUCAACGGCCAGCCGGGCCUGGACGGGCUACCGGGCGCGCGCGGCGCCGACGACCUCACGCCCAAGCACUUCCUCAAGGGCUUCCCCGGACAGCCCGGACGACGCCUGCCCAAUGUGAAGGGUGAGGUGGGGCCGAAGGGCGAGGAGGGCGCGCCGGGCCGCCACGGGCUCAAGGGCGAGCCGGGCGAGGCGGGGACGCCGGGGCGGCCGGGCCACCCGGGCGCGCAGGGCCGGCGCGGCUCCUCCCCGCAGGGCCCGCAGGGGCAGAAGGGCUACCCGGGCGAGCCCGGCCCGCUGGGGCCACGCGGCCCGCGUGGGGAGCCGGGCUUGCGCGGCGAGCCGGGCGCCAACGCGCUGCCCGGGCAGAAGGGCGACCGCGGGGAGCCGGGCCAGAGCAUCCUGGCGGGCGAGUACGGGCCCCCGGGCGUGGUCGGCCCCAAGGGCGAGCCGGGUGACGAAGGGCCGCUGGGCUACCAAGGGCGGCGCGGCGAGGACGGCUCCAAGGGCCUUAAGGGCGACAAGGGCGCCCCGGGCUACAGCGGACUGCCAGGACGACCGUACUGA